AAUCGAUUGAAUUGCACGUCUCCCUCCCUCCCUUCUUUCACCGUAGACCUGGGUGAUCUUGUGAAAGUCUCGUAAACGCAGUGGCUUAACCGUACAGAAUGAUGGCACAUUAUGAAGUGUCGCAACAUCACCAAUUUGCAGCAUCUAUGGGCAAUCAGCCACAUGCAUCCAACAGACAAAACAGAAUGAAUGUACUUCACGUCAGCGGAGAAGAACCCACAGAUGCCGGGUUUUCCAUAAACAACUUGUUGCCCGCGUAUAGAAACGACGCUAGCAACGAUAACAGUAACCGGACAGACUCCAGUACAGCUACAACUACGAUACGUAACGACGAUGAUGAAGAAACUGAAAUCAGCAUCACUUCGAGACAUUCCCAGUCUUCGAGAUCGCCGCCAGUAGCAUCUACUCUAAUGGCGCCAAAUGCAGGUAAUUACAUAUUAGGAAAAGGAGGACCAGCGAACAUUGGCUUAGCUAACCUACCAUCGUCUUCACCUACAAGUUACUCAAACCAGCUAGCUAAUUUUGAGCGAAGUUACGGCAGUAGCCAGUGUUAUCAAUCCUCGACUUCAAACUCAAUGGCAAACUCGUACAACAAGGCAUGCGUGUAUCUUUGUAACAGAGAUCUCUGGUUGAAAUUCCACCAACACAACACGGAAAUGAUUAUAACGAAGCAAGGACGGCGCAUGUUUCCAACUUUGAGUUUUCGUUUCACUGGACUGGACCAAACAGCUCAUUACAAUGUGUUUGUAGACAUGGUUCUAUCCGAUCCAAACCACUGGAAAUUUCAGAGUGGUAAAUGGGUGCCUUGUGGUCAAGCCGAACACGUACAUCCUGGUUCCAAUAUUUACAUCCACCCUGACUCUCCUAAUACUGGUUCCCACUGGAUGAAACAAGAAGUGGUAUUUGGUAAAUUGAAACUAACCAACAACAAAGGAAAAGAACAUGGUCAUAUUGUGUUGAACUCAAUGCACAAAUACCAACCCAGAAUCCACGUGAUCGAAGUGAGCCCUAACAGACCUCCAGACCAGAGAACUUUACAAACACACAGCUUUCCUGAAACUCAGUUCUUCGCCGUCACUGCCUACCAGAACACAGACAUAACACAAUUGAAGAUCGACCAUAACCCAUUUGCUAAAGGAUUCCGGGACAACUAUGAUUGUUUCAACAGGAGCAUGGAGCGCUUUACGCCCUCGCCGACAGCUUUAGGGUCACGAAGCAAUCCCACUGGUCCGUACCCAGUCGGCCCGGCUCUCCCGAUAGGGUCUUCAUUCAACUCGAUACACAACGACCAAGCAACUGCUAAAGAACAAAUCCAGCAACAAUUCGACAACGAUGAUUCCAAAGACAAGAUAACUGGAGAAUUGGAUCCAAUUAAGUUUGAGAACUUUCCUCCAAACACCAUUACUCCUCAUAAUUACGACAUGAGUCAAAUACAGCAACAAAUGAGACUGGGGUAUGCAGCAGGAGCGCCACCUCGUGGUAGGAUCGGUGGAAACCAACUUCUAUUGGCCACAACUCAACCUUAUGCAUGCACCGCUUCAACUGUUCCAACGUACACAACCUCCUCAGCCAAUCACUAUUCAGCUGGUUCAUCGCCAAACACUACUGAACACGACGCAUGGGUCAACACGCCCCCCUCUAACGUGUCCAGCGAUUCGGAAGUUUUUGAGCCACAGAAUAAACGACAAAAAAUUUCACCAAUUAAUUCUGCAAAUUCGUCGCCAAUAUUAGAGAAUUCACCACGAGAUGAAAAAGAAACAAGCGAACCUAUGAAAGAGAAGAAACCUAAUUUAGACCAGUAUCCCAGUGCGCGUACACAUGGCAACUUUUACAGCUACCCACAUACCUAUUACGGUGCGGAUGGUUAUCCUCAUUUUGCCGAAUAUCCCAGCAUUCCCGGUGCAGAAGUGCAUUAUGGGAAUUAUCCUCAAAUAUCAAAUUAUAACGGUGGAUACUGAAGCAAUAGUGUCACAGAAAAGUUGUCCAUUUAUUUAUUAUUUAAUGCCAAGUUGUAUUUACAUAAGGGCGGGUCUAGGGCUUUAUUUAGAAAUGACAGUAUCGAAUGCGGGUAAGACGUAUAUUUAAUACAAAAAGUGCAAAUUUAAUGUCGUGAUUAAAAGAAAUAUUAUUCUUAAUAGUAAGUAGAAACCUUUUAAGUGCUGGCUAUACCAAUCAUAGUGUGUUGUUGUUUUUUGUGACACGAAUAUAUAAAUGUGUGUUUUGGAUUGCAAAUGUUUUAUAAUGUAUAAAAUUGUAUUGUGUUUUCAAUUAAAUAAACAUAUUUUUGUUUUAA